AUGUCAAACCACCACUCACAGAGAUGGUAUUGGGACCCCUUGACCGACGAACGAUCCGGACACGAUGUCAAGCAUGUAGCCGGCGUCGUAUUAAGCUCUCAUACUAAGCGAACCGACUCAAAAAUCCCAAAUCAGAUAACACAAGACGUAUCCCAGAACUUCAUCUCACAUUUCUUCACCGAGUACCUAAUCCGCAAUGAUUUCGCUAGCGGCUCACUAGACCUUGACGCCAUCAUCAGCAAUUUCCAAAUCUCACCAAGUCUAUACUACGUCUUACUAGCCGUAGGCGCUCUCGACAUGAGCAAAAACCCGCUCAGCUCACCAGCAGCCCGGAAAUCAGCGACGACAGCAGCUUUGACCUCCUAUCAGAAAUCCAUCAGCAGCUUCCGAACCGAUCUCCAGCUCACCAAGCUAACACAAAACGACGCAGCGCUCUGGACGACCUUUUUCCUGGGCAUCUUCGAGCUCAUGUGCGAUAUCUCUGGCGAAGGAUGGGUAAAGCAUAUCCUCCAUGGUACAUCUCAAAUUCUUAAAGCCCGAGGACCCGGAGCUCAUCUAGAGGGACGCGGUCGGUCGGUCUGGAAUGUGAUCGAUCCCACUGCUAGUCUCCCUAAGAAGAUAGAGCUUGUCGAACUUGCAGCUGAAGGGCUCCUUAUUCGUACCUCACUAGAGGCAUGGCAUCUAAAUUUCCAAGCCGACAUCGAAAAAGAUCCAAUUUCGAAGCAAGAUCCCUGGAUAAUACUAGCAUCAACAUACUACCACUCCAUCUCAAUCUACCUCUCAGGAAUCUUCGAAUACAGAACUCAAUUCAACCACAGUGCCUCUCCCACACUCUGCCCCUCCCAGAUUCAGAACCAUGUAAACGCUAUUCUCUCAAACGCGGAGCUUGCGCUGAGGACAACGCGGCUUGUGGGGAUUUUGUUCUUUUUCCCAUUGAGGGUGGCUGGUGCGAGAGCGAAGACCAUUGGGCAGAGAUCCAAGAUACUAAGGAUGUUGGGGGAUAUUUCGAAGAGGAGUUUUGUGGUUGCGGAUGCUUUUGUUGCGGAUUUAGACGGGGUGUGGGAGGAGAGAGGGUGA